AUGGGCCUGGUGGCCUCUGUGCACUUUGUAGGGAUGCUCGAUCAGCUGGUGUCCUGUGGGGCCGCCUUGCUGUGGGCCGGCGCCGGGGCCCUCAUCAACCUCAAGUACUCGGUGGAGGAGGAGCAGCGGGCCGGCACCGUGAUCGCUAACGUCGCCAAGGAUGCCCGGGACGCGGGCUUCGUGCUAGACUCCCGGCAGCCCACCGCCUUCCGGGUGGUCUCCAACUCGGCCCCUCACCUGGUGGACAUCAGCCCCGGCUCGGGGCUGCUGGUGACCAAGCAGAAGAUCGACCGGGACCUGCUGUGCCGGCAGAGCCCCAAGUGCGUCAUCUCGCUGGAGGUGAUGUCCAGCUCCAUGGAGAUCUGCGUGAUCAAGCUAGAGAUCAAGGACCUCAAUGACAACGCGCCCAGCUUCCCCACCGACCAGAUCGAGCUGGAGAUCUCGGAGACGGCCAGCCCUGGCACCCGGGUGCCACUGGAGAGCGCCUACGAUCCGGACUCAGGCAGCUUUGGCGUGCAGAGCUAUGAGAUCACGCCCAACGACCUCUUUGGGCUGGAGACCAAGACACGGGGUGAUGGAUCCCGCUUCGCCGAGCUAGUGGUGGAGAAGAGCCUGGAUCGUGAGACCCAGUCCCACUACAGCUAUGUGAUCACAGCACUGGACGGCGGCGACCCACCCAACUUUGGUACGGUGGAGCUCAGCAUCCGUGUGAUUGACUCCAACGACAACAACCCGCUCUUCGAGGAGCCGGCCUACACUGUCAGCGUGCCUGAAAAUUCCCCACCAGGCACGCCUGUUAUCCGCCUCAAUGCCUCUGACCCGGAUGAGGGCACCAAUGGGCAGGUGCUCUACUCCUUCCACAGCUACGUCUCUGAGAGGGCCCGGGAGCUUUUCCAGAUUGACCCCCAGAGUGGCCUCAUCACAGUUAGUGGUGCCAUCGACUAUGAGGAAGGUCACGUCUAUGAGCUGGACGUGCAGGCCAAGGACUUGGGGCCUAACUCCAUCCCUGCCCAUUGCAAAGUGACUGUCAGCAUCCAGGAUGCCAACGACAACCCUCCUCUCAUUAACCUGCUCUCCGUCAACAGCGAGCUGGUGGAGGUGAGCGAGAAUGCCCCACCGGGGUACGUCAUUGCCCUGGUGCGUGUCUCAGACCGCGACUCCGGGGCCAACGGCCGGGUGCAGUGCAAGCUCCUGGGCAACGUGCCUUUCCGGCUGCAGGAGUACGAGAGCUUCUCCACCAUCCUUGUGGAUGGGCGUCUGGACCGGGAGCAGAGGGACCAGUACAAUCUCACCAUCCAGGCCAGGGACAAUGGCGUCCCCUCCCUGCAGGCCACCAAGUCCUUCACUGUCAAGAUCACUGAUGAGAAUGACAACCAUCCCCACUUCUCCAAGCCCUAUUACCAGGUCAUUGUGCAGGAGAACAACACCCCAGGGGCCUACCUCCUCUCUGUCUCAGCGAAGGACCCCGACCUGGGUCUCAACGGCAGUGUCUCCUAUCAGAUCGUGCCCUCCCAAGUCAGGGACAUGCCCGUCUUCACCUAUGUCUCCAUCAACCCCAAUUCUGGGGAUAUCUAUGCUUUGAGGUCCUUCAAUCAUGAACAGACGAAGGCCUUUGAGUUCAAGGUCUUGGCAAAGGAUGGGGGUAACCCCUCGCUGCAGAGCAAUGCCACCGUCAGGGUGAUCGUCCUGGAUGUCAAUGACAACACUCCUGUGAUCACAGCCCCUCCGCUGGUCAACGGGACUGCUGAAGUGUACAUCCCCAGGAAUGCAGGGGUCGGCUACUUAGUGACAGUGGUCAAGGCGGAUGACUACGACGAGGGUGAAAAUGGCAGACUUUCCUAUGAAAUGGUCGAAGGAGACAGAGGAUUUUUUGAGAUAGACCAGGUCAAUGGAGAGAUAAGGACCACCAGAGCCUUUGGGGAGAAUGCAAAGACAGCGUAUGAGCUGAUUGUGGUGGCUCAUGACCAUGGAAAAACAUCUCUCUCAGCUUCUGCCUUGAUUUUGAUAUACCUCUCUCCAGCUUUGGAUGCCCAGGAAUCCAUAGGAUCUGUUAACUUGUCUCUGAUUUUCAUUAUCGCCCUGGGGUCUAUUGCGGCCAUUCUUUUUGUCACCAUGAUCUUCGUGGCAGUAAAGUGCAAAAGGGAUAACAAGGAAAUCAGGACCUAUAACUGCAGAAUUGCAGAGUACUCCUAUGGGCAUCAAAAGAAAUCAAGCAAGAAGAAAAAAAUCAGCAAGAACGAUAUCCGCCUGGUACCGCGGGACGUGGAAGAGACGGAUAAAAUGAACGUUGUGAGCUGCUCCUCUCUCACGUCAUCCCUCAACUACUUUGACUAUCAUCAGCAGACGCUGCCGCUGGGCUGCCGUCGGUCGGAGAGCACCUUCCUCAACGUGGAGAACCAGAACAGCAGGAACGCUGGCUCCAACCACAUCUACCACCACACCUUCACGGGGCAGAGCCCCCAGCAGCCCGACCUCAUCAUCAACGGGAUGCCGCUGCCGGAGACUGAAAACUACUCCUUUGAUUCCAACUAUGUGAACAGCAGAGCUCAUUUAAUAAAAAGCAGCUCCACGUUCAAGGACUUGGAGGGGAACAGUCUGAAGGAUAGCGGCCACGAGGAGAGCGACCAGACUGACAGCGAGCACGACGUGCAGCGGGGCCUCUACUGCGACACGGCCGUCAACGACGUGCUCAACACCAGCGUCCCCUCCAUGGGCUCCCAGGUGCCCGAGCCAGAUCAGAGCGAAGGAUUUCAUUGCAGGGAAGAGUGCCGCAUCCUGGGUCACUCGGACAGGUGCUGGAUGCCCCGAAACUCCGUCCCCAGCCGUGCCAAGUCCCCCGAGCACGGGAGGAACGUCAUCGCCCUCUCCAUAGAGGCGACCACUGUGGACACAGAGCCUUACGAAGACUGUAGCACAAAAAGGACUUUUGCAACGUUUGGCAAAGAAGGGAGCGAGCCCCUCGCCGACGAGCGGGCCGGCAACCCGAAAGGCAAAAGAACAGUGGAUCUGCCCGUCUGCAGCCCCAAGGUGAACGGCGCGGUCCGCGAGGCCGGGAACGGCUGCGAAGCCGUGAGCCCCGUCACUUCGCCCUUGCAUCUGAAGAGCCCCUUGUCUAGCAAACCCUCAGCAUCAUACAACAUCAUGCACUGCCCGGGAAGUCGUGACCUGGAGCCGUUUGUGAACACUGGCCCUUCCCGGCCCACGGAGGCAGAGCCCAGGGGGGCGGACAGCGAAAAUAUCAUGCAUGAGAUUAACCCACUUCUGCAAGAAUGUAGAGAAAAAGACUCGCCAGGAGUGAAGAGACUAAAAGACAUAGUCCUCUAAACAGCACCCUGUAAAGCAAGGAGAAACCACGCUACUCCGAGCGCAUAUUGUUUUUAUUGCUUACCAAUGGUUCACAGAUUGCUGUAUUUAAAAGCUUUCCCUAAAUGUAUUGUUUAUAAAUGAAGCUAUUGUUAAUGUGACAAUCCCACUUGUUUCAACAGGCAGCAGGGGUGUUCAGCUGGAGCAAAUUAGCUUGGUUUUUUGUUCAUCAUGAGGUGGUAGAUGGCAGGGGGCAGAGGUGAGACCUGUUCAGUUGUCAGAAGCGCUACGUAUUAUGUAUUUUGAAUUUAUAUAUUUUUAUAUCUCAAAAUUAAUAUAAAUUUCCAUUCUUGUAAUGAAUCGAAUUGCAAAUUCCUUAUUCGGACAUCUUUGCUAAUCACCCUGGCCUUUUUGUAGUCUAGACAAAAUAAGGGCCAUUUCUUGUGUAUGACUGUUUAAAAUUACAGUUCAGUGAGUUUUAAUAUUUGCCCAACACAAGGUUGUUUGUAUUUUACAAUGUUGCUACUUUGCUAUGGACACCCCUGCAUUUAUGAAUCCUUUUGCUGUCACAUGCUUAUCUGUACUAUUAUUGUAUUUGAUAUUGCAAAUUACUGUAUGUCUAGUGAUGGCAAAAGGCUUUCAAGUUUUUUAAAAAAUCACAAUCAUCUUAUUUAAAACCUUGGGGAACCUGCAGUUUUCAGACCCAGUGGAGCAAGUGCUUUUUCCAGUCCCCACCAUCCCCUGCAGCCUUCACCUGUUCUUGCAGGGUAGUGACAGGGCAUUACGGGAAGUCAUUUUGGGGGAAAUUCUGCCUGAAUUGUCAGAUGCACUGUGCUGAACUCUUCCAAAACCCAUUUCUAUUGCCUGCUUUCAAGGCAAUGCAUGGAAAGUUAUUCCAGAAGUUUUUUUUUUAGCAUCCGGAUUUAGAUAUUCCCUAUCUCUAGUCAUUUCAAAGUCAAAGUGAUGGAAUUAUUUAAGAGAUCUAAAUUACCUUCUCAAUUAGACACACACUUCCAAGUCAGCAUUUCUCAGUCAUGAUUAUGCUAAGUAUGUGCGUGUAUGUAUGUUAUCAUGGCAUGGAUUUUAGUGAUCUGAUUUCUUUUUAUCCCUGCAUCAUGAAUAAAUACGGAACGAGCAAUAGCGAUGUUAAUUUAGGGGCAGACAGGUGAUGUGUAACAACACUACUAAUUCAAUUAAUGUGCCUUCUUAAUGGAGAAAAAAUUAAAGCAAUUCAUUAUUUUUUCCUCAUAAUUAAGGACUUUUUUGUGUGGGUACAAAUUUACUCAUAUAAAAUUGAUUUUAAAAAUUGAGCUACUUUAAUAGCCAUUUGUAGAAGGGGGAGGGAGAAGAGGUCUCAGAGCUCUCUGUUCUCUUGCAGCGAUAAUUCCUCAGUGAGGUAAGAGUAAGGUAGGAGGAUUUCGGUUAGUGUAUUAUUAUGAUUAACCCUUCACUUGACAGAUUUUCCUACCCGAAAUAAUGUUUCAUAGAAUUUAAAAUUGACUACAGAAGGGAAAAUAUAUAGCUCUUGCCAAUGUUUGCUGUACCAGCAAGUUGAAAUUAGCAGUUUCUAGAGAAAUAGUCUUUCUAGGUCUAUAUAUCAUGAUAAAAUAUUUUUUACUUUGAUUUAUUUAAAUUAAAAAUGUCAACAAGAAAACUAGCUCCAGUCAUUAUUAUCCUCAAAAUCAAAUAAGCUCAAAUAAUUUGUUUCCUUAGGGCAAAUUGAUAGCGUCUGAAUGGGUAGCUGUUCCGAGACAGGUCCUCAGUCAGUGUAUUGUCGGUGUCGCUUGAUAGCACCGUGAGUUUGAAAAGAACCUGCAAGGAAAGCUCUUCUAAUGCAAUUAGUGCUACUUCCCUCUCCGCUGUUGAUUACUACCUCAUUCAGGCUGAAUCCCGUAAAAUAAUGUGACAUCAAGCUAUCCCUCCUAAAAGUAACCCAGGGAGUCUCCUUCAUGCUGAAGUUCGGAGUCCGUUUUCAUGUUCUCUCUGUUCUAGCAGGGUUUCCUGCCUGGGUGCUGUACGGCUGCGAUUCUUCUUCUUCUUUUUUUUAAUUCUUUUUUUCGGACAGAUGUAUUAUUAUACCACGAGCGACAGAAGGAAGAGGCGGGCUCGGCGUUCUUAAAGUAACUGCAUUUUCUGCAACUGGUAGGCUGGGUUUAUUCUGAUGCUGCCCGUUUUUGUCCACUUGAGUUGGCUUUAUUCAGGAGAGCUUAACACAUGCGUUUGCUGGGCGAAAGGCGCUUGCUGGACACCCUCGGCAGCUCAGCCCCGGGGGCGGGCAGCAGUUUGCAGAAGCGGCCGGGCACCCGCAGUGGUCCAGGCUCCCCCCGCUGUCCCUCGGUUUUGAGCAGCCGUCCCUUGGCC